AUGUCGAACAACCCUUUUCACCAGCGAAGGAGAAAAACUGACAGCAUCAAGUUGCAGCUCCCAAAAGUACAAUCUUCACCCAAUCACGAAAUGCCUGAGCUAACCAGGCAUGAUGAAGACGGCACCUGCGAACAACCUCACAAAUCGAUAAUGGCAGAUCCGCCUCCCCCGAGCCUUCAUAACAACUCCGUCCAAACUAUCUCGCCUUGUCCUUCCAACACGCAUCUGACCGAAAACUCAAAGUCGUUGACCUCAAACAUUCAAGAACAACUUCCCUUCACCCCCGAAUGCGACUUCGAGGUAGAGGUCUUCCGGCAAUGGAAAGCCGGCCAUCCAGCCUACCAACAACUUCUUGCGCCUAGCGGGGAGAUCCACCAUACCGCCGCAUGUGACUGGAAUAACACUGCUACUUCUCCAGGUCAAGCAUGCACAAGCAUGACGGAUUCCGGCGUGGACUUCACGGUGCCGCCACAGUUCCAGGACGCAACAAACCAAGAAUGCCCCUUGCCGUCCACCGUCCUCCAGGUCUGCAAUAACCCCGACCAGUGUGCGUUGUCGCCCGACAUGGUUGAAGCCAUGCAGCGGUUUUCUGUGGCGCACAUCUGUGAAUAUGAGCAAGCGAAGAGACUGCUUGUUGAUAAGAUCGUCAACAAGGUCUUGCAGAAUGCGGCCCCACGUAUCAUGGCAUUGCUUGAGGAAGAACUCCAGAAGAGAGAGGAGGAAUUGGAUAUGGAGAUGGGUGAGUAUGAGGAGGAUGUAGACUCGAAAUUGGAGUCGAAGCUCUGA